AUGGGAAACACUGCCUCCACAUUGACUCAACCCUCGUCUUAUCUGUGUGAGCAGAACUCGCGCCUGGACCCGGAGGAGUACUUCACCAAACAGGAGCGCAUCGGCAAAGGCUCGUUCGGAGAGGUCUACAAAGGCAUCAACAACCGCACCAAAGAAGUGGUGGCCAUCAAGAUCAUCGACCUGGAGGAGGCCGAGGACGAGAUCGAAGACAUCCAGCAAGAGAUCACUGUGCUCAGCCAGUGUGACAGCCCCUACGUCACCAAGUACUACGGCUCAUACCUAAAGGGCACAAAGUUAUGGAUUAUUAUGGAGUAUUUAGGUGGUGGUUCUGCUUUAGAUUUGCUGCGGCCAGGGCCUUUAGAAGAAACGUACAUUGCGACGAUUCUGAGGGAGAUCCUGAAGGGCCUGGAGUACCUGCACUCAGAGCGCAAGAUCCACAGAGACAUCAAAGCUGCCAACGUGCUGUUGUCGGAGCAGGGCGAUGUGAAGCUCGCAGACUUUGGCGUAGCAGGGCAGCUCACAGACACUCAGAUCAAGAGGAACACAUUUGUGGGGACGCCAUUUUGGAUGGCCCCCGAGGUCAUCAAACAGUCUGCAUAUGACUUUAAGGCUGACAUCUGGUCGCUGGGCAUUACGGCUAUAGAGUUGGCCAAAGGGGAACCGCCCAACUCGGACCUUCAUCCAAUGAGAGUGUUGUUCCUGAUCCCUAAGAACACGCCGCCGACGCUGGAGGGCCCCUACAGCAAACCCUUCAAGGAGUUUGUGGAGGCGUGUCUAAAUAAAGACCCGCGAUUUAGACCAACAGCCAAAGAGCUCCUGAAGCACAAGUUCAUCACGCGCUACACGAAGAAGACAGCGUACCUGACGGAGCUGAUCGACCGGUACAGACGCUGGAAGUCCGAGGGCCACGGAGAGGAGUCCAGUUCAGACGACUCAGACAUGGAUGCGGAUGACGUUGAGCCUGGUCCCAUGUGGUCGUUCCCCACAGUGCGGCCGUCGACCCUGAGCACACUGCAGCAGAGCUACCCCCACACAGACCGCGAGCCUUUGCCUGGAGAGUCUGUGCUACGGCAACCAAAAUCCCAGUGCCUGUCUGCUUUGGUAACGCCCAUUUUCAGAGAGCUGAAGGAGAAGCGGCGGGCGAGCGGAGGAGGCGUGGGGGCUAUAGAGGAGCUGGAGAAUGCCUUUAACCUGGCAGAGGAGUCCUGUCCAGGCAUCUCAGACAGACUGGUCACGCACAUGAUGGAGAGAGUGUGCAGGUUUUCUCUGAACGGUAACACUGCUCCUUCUUCACGAUGAGAGCAUCACUUUUCCACGUUCACCUUUGACAUUUGUCCAUUCUUCGGAUAUCAGACCCGGACCUCCGCAGGGUCCCUACAUUCCCACCUCCCUCUGUUUACUGCCCAUACAAACCAGAUGGUGGAUUAGCUAUAAUUAAAUAUUUUUACAGUUUUUUGUGUUUAAAAGAGGAGAGUAUUUAAAACAGAGCCAUGACAUGUAGGGCGUUGUGUAUAACUGUUAGACCAAGAGUAAAGAUAUAAUAAAAGUCUAUGGAAAAUAACAA